AUGCCAGGUCCUAUCGAAAACAAGCCCGCCGCGGGCAUCUCCUACUUUACCCCAGCUCAAACCCCACCCGCGGGGUCGGCCGCGAUCCCCCAGUCCGACGGCACACAACCCCCCAAGCUCUUCCAGCCCUUCACCGCACGAGGCCUCACAUUCCACAACCGCAUCGGUCUCUCCCCCCUGUGCCAAUACAGUGCCCAGGAUGGCCACAUGACGGAUUGGCAUUUGGCCCAUCUGGGCGGGAUCGCGCAGCGAGGACCAGGUCUGCUCAUCGCCGAAGCGACCGCCGUUCAGGCCAAUGGACGGAUCACACCCGAGGACUCCGGUCUGUGGAAAGACUCGCAGAUCGAGCCGCUCCGCCGCGUCGUUGAGUUCGUCCACUCGCAAAGCCAGAUCAUCGGUGUGCAGCUCGCUCACGCCGGUCGCAAAGCCAGCACCGUCGCGCCCUGGCUUAGUUCGGCGGCUACGGCGGUCGCUGAAUUCGGCGGAUGGCCUGAUAAUGUCAAGGGGCCCAGCAAUGUGCCUUUCCAUGCAAAUUUCCCUCUCCCCCAGGCAUUGACUAGGGAGGAGAUUGAAACUUUCAAGAAGGACUGGGUUUCGGCCGUGAAGCGCGCCGUCCAGGCCGGCGUGGACUUCAUCGAGAUCCACAAUGCCCACGGAUACCUGCUUAUGAGCUUCUUGUCGCCUGCCACCAAUGACCGCACCGACGAGUACGGCGGCAGCUUCGAGAACCGCAUCCGACUCUCCCUGGAGGUCGCCAAGCUCACGCGCGAGAACGUUCCAGCCAACAUGCCCAUCUUCCUGCGCGUUUCCGCGACCGACUGGCUCGAGGAAUCGCUGGCUGACAAGCCCAGCUGGCGUCUGGAGGAUACUGUCAAGUUCGCGCAGGCGCUGGCUGAGAGCGGUAACAUCGAUGUCUUGGACAUCAGUAGCGGUGGUAAUCACCAGCAGCAGCACAUCCACGCGAAGCCCGCAUUCCAGGCACCCUUUGCCGUUGCCGUCAAGAAGGCCGUGGGCGACAAGCUGAAGGUCGGCUCGGUGGGAAUGAUCGGCUCGGCUGAGCUGGCCAACUCUUUAAUUGAAAAGGAGGGCUUGGACUUCGUUCUGAUCGGUCGGGGAUUCCAGAAGAACCCCGGUCUCGUCUGGACCUGGGCUGAGGAGCUCGGUGUCGAUAUCUCCAUGGCUAACCAGAUCCGCUGGGGCUUUGCUUCUCGCGGCACGGGUGGUGGUCCUUACCUGCACAACCGCCCUCGCGUUGAUAAAAUCUAG